AUGCAUCACUCGAUACACCCUGACCCUCGCGCGACGCAGGCGAGGACUUGGCCGGCCCUUCCCUUUCAGCAGACUCCCUCUCUAUCCCACGCACUCUCCACGUCGCUCCUGUCUAGCGCCUACGGCCUAGACGGGGACAUGGAGGUAGCCGGCAACUGGAGGGGCAUACAGGUACCGACGGUUACAUACAGCUAUGGUCUUGUCAACAUCCUCAAGGGCGCCAACCAGCCUGUUCCCGACGAACUCCUCAAGUUUGGCACCACGGUCAAGAAGAAGGCGCAUGACAUGUACGGAGCCUUUUUCAAGGACGUUGAUAUGUCGCAAAAGGCCACCAAGAUUACCUUCGACUAA